UGAAACCUCUUGCCCUCCCCUACCAUUAUACUCCACAAAAUUCAAACUCAUGGAGAUCACACUCACCAACACAACUCCACCCCACACUCUCACUUCUCUUUCCACUCAACCUUUCUCCCUCCUCCCAUCUCCACCACCUCCUCCAUGGAACACCCCUCCCAACCACCACCACCAACUCAAAACACCAGAACCUACACAAUAACAGCCUUUUCAAUAUCCUACACCAAAUCCACCACUACCAGCUUCCUCUUCAAACCUUGCACCGCACCACCCCCCACCUACAUCCUCCGCGACGUCUCUCUCUCCGCCCACCCCUCCCAAAUCCUAGCCAUCGUUGGCCCAAGCGGUGCCGGAAAAUCCACACUGCUAGACAUUCUAGCUGCCAAAACAUCCCCCACAAGUGGCUCUCUCCUCCUCAACUCCUCCCCCCUCCUCCCUUCCGUAUUCCGGAAAAUCUCGGCGUAUGUCCCUCAACAUGACGCGUGCCUACCUCUCCUCACCGUCUCCGAAACCUUCGCCUUUUCAGCCACCCUCCUAAACCCUAAAAACCCUAACAUCUCCUCCAUUGUUUCCUCCCUCCUCUCCGAGCUACGACUUACCCACCAGGCCCACACAAGGCUGGCCCACGGUCUUUCCGGCGGUGAACUCCGCCGCGUCUCAAUUGGGCUGAGUCUGUUAAACGACCCCGGGGUUUUAAUCCUGGAUGAACCCACAUCAGGGCUUGAUAGUGCUUCGGCCUUCAACGUGAUCCACACCCUCCGGUCAGUCGCGGACUCCCGUCACCGCACCGUGAUCCUAUCCAUCCACCAGCCGAGCUUCAAGAUUCUUUCCACUAUUGACAGAAUUCUCCUUCUAUCCAAAGGAGCCGUUGUGCACCAUGGUGCAGUUUCCUCACUCGAAGGGUUUCUACUAUCCAAGGGCAAAACCGUCCCUCAACAGCUCAAUGCCUUGGAGUAUGCCAUGGAAAUACUUAACCAAAUUGAAGAUAUUGAACCAAAACCCAAAACAUCUUCACCACCACCACCACCUCCUAGUGAAAUUACAACUUCCUCCUCCAUCAGAUAUAAGAGCUCAAGGGUUCGUGAGAUCCUCACUCUGUACACUAGGUUUUGCAAGAUCAUUUUCAGAACAAAACAACUACUAUUAACAAACACAUUGGAAGCACUUGUGGUGGGACUUGUUUUAGGUACAAUAUACAUUAACAUUGGGUUUGACAAGAAUGGAAUUGAGAAGAGAUUAGGCCUAUUUGCAUUCACUCUCACUUUCCUUCUCUCCUCCACAACUGAAACCCUCCCAAUUUUCCUCAAUGAGAGGCCAAUUCUCCUUAGGGAAACCUCAAGUGGGGUCUACAGACUAUCCUCAUACCUCAUCGCCAACACACUUGUUUUCAUGCCUUAUUUGCUGGCCAUAGCUGUUCUAUAUUCGGUUUCGGUUUAUUUUCUUGUGGGUCUUUGUUCUACUUGGUUAGCUUUUGCUUACUUUGUUUUGGUGAUUUGGGUUAUUGUUCUGAUGGCCAACUCAUUUGUUCUCUUCUUGAGCUCUUUCGCUCCGAACUACAUUGCUGGAACUUCGCUUCUCACGAUAUUUCUCGGCUGUUUCUUUCUGUUUUCCGGUUACUUCAUAUCGACGGAGAGCUUGCCUAAGUACUGGCUUUUCAUGCAUUAUUUAUCAAUGUACAAGUAUGCCCUUGAUGCCCUUUUGAUUAAUGAGUACUCUUGUCUGGUGUCAAAGUGUUUGAUAUGGUUUGAUGAGAACAAGACGUGCAUGGUCAGUGGACGUGAUGUGUUGGAAAAGAGAGGGCUUCAUGGAGGGCAAAGAUGGAAAAAUAUUAGCAUCUUGAUUGGGUUCUUUGUGUUCUAUCGGGUGCUUUGGUGGUUGGUUUUGAUCAGAAGGGUUUCGAGGUCCAAGAAGUGAAAGCGUUUCUGAUGAUUGUUGAUUCGAUCUCUACAUAAUAUUUGUAUUUUUUUUUUUUUAACUCUUUGUUUGAUAGGUUAAUAAGGAUGUGAGGAUUAUGUAGAAAUGGGGUUUCAUUUGGCUGUUCCAAGCAAUAUUGUUUUUUUUUUUUUUUCGAAAUGUAAUAACCAAAUAAGAAAAAAACAUGUUUUUAUUCA